UGUUUUGGUUCUAAAGGGGAAGUUGCGAGAGAGAAAAGAAAGGAGGAGACUUGAUCGGGGUUGGUAAAAUUCCCACUAACUGACCCCAAUAACAAGGAAAACCUCUCAAAAAUUUGAGCACUCCUUCGUCGGAAAUCAGUUCACGCAACCUGUCGGCUGACAUUCAGCCAGUACUGGGACAGCUCUCAGUGUGUGUGUGACCGCUUAAAGGAGACGGGGUGAUUGACGACUGUCAUGGCCAAUAGGGGAGGAGCAACACGCCCCAACGGGUCCAACGCGGGCAAUAAGAUCUGCCAGUUUAAACUGGUCUUGUUAGGAGAAUCGGCUGUGGGAAAGUCCAGCCUUGUACUGCGCUUCGUCAAGGGGCAGUUUCAUGAGUUUCAGGAAAGCACAAUAGGAGCGGCCUUCCUUACACAGACGGUGUGCUUGGAUGACACAACGGUAAAGUUUGAGAUUUGGGACACAGCCGGACAGGAGCGCUACCACAGUUUGGCCCCCAUGUACUAUAGAGGUGCCCAGGCUGCCAUUGUAGUUUAUGACAUCACCAAUGAAGAGUCAUUUGCAAGAGCAAAGAACUGGGUUAAGGAGCUUCAGAGGCAGGCCAGUCCAAACAUUGUCAUCGCACUGUCUGGGAACAAGGCUGACCUUGCCAACAAGAGAGCUGUGCACUGCCAGGAUGCUCAGUCUUAUGCAGAUGACAACAGUUUGCUGUUCAUGGAGACAUCAGCAAAGACUUCCAUGAAUGUCAAUGAGAUCUUCAUGGCCAUUGCGAAAAGGUUGCCUAAGAAUGAGCCCCCAGCUGCCGGAGUCAGCAGUGGGCGGAGUAGGGGCGUGGACCUCACAGAGACAGCCCAACCCACUAAGGCCCCCUGCUGCAGCAACUAACGCAAAACAAAUCCCCCCUCACCAAACUCUGUUACCGCAACAACUAACGCAAGGUCCCGCCCUCCAACUUGGUUUUUGACUAACUAAUGAAAUGCCUCCGCUUUCCCCAUUUUCCACAACUCUCUUACGCUGUAACAAAAGCUCUGCCCCGCCCAUGUAUCUGCGGUGUUUUUGUUUUGUUGUUUUUCUGUAAAGACCCAGGCCUCUUACUGUAUUCAUGCUUAAGGUCAUGCCUUGUCUCCAAACUGUAAUAUAUGCCGUCACAGAUAUCCAU